CAAUAUUUUUAUGGAGAUUUCUAUGAAAUUAAGGGGGAAAAAAAACUGCUUUUUGAAGUAUGAUCGCCUUGGAAAGAAGGAUUUUUGAUGGCAAAUAGCGCAAGAACAAUCGUCACAGUGUCAAAAUCGACAUGUCGACUGCUUCAUCUUCCUCCUUCAGCUUCCAAUAACCUCCAUGGCUCAUUCUCUCUAUCCUAUCCUCCGCCUCGAAAUUCCAACUCCAACCCCAAUUUUUACUCUACGAGAAAUGGAAUACCCACGUCUCGUUUUUGCUCGCUGUUUAACACCUCCUUCAAUGGAGCAACCUUCUCUUCUUCCACUCGAACCCCUUCCAUGCCCAUUAAAUUACGGUCCCAUGCCUUUGCACGAAACCCUAUCAGAUCCAAAACCCCCAAACCCCAACAUCCCCUUUCCCCUGAUUCAUCGUUCGAAUCACUGAAAUCGAAGCUUCUGGCGAAAACCCCUUUGUUAUCUUCUCCAGAUUUCAAAAUUUUGCCCUUCAGGAAAGGCUGGCCUCUGGUUUCUUGCAAUUGCGAGAAGGGGAAUGAUGAUUCGGCGUCUGGUUGGGGGCUGGGUUGGAUCAGUUUGGCUGAUUGCCAAAGUCUAUUGGCCUUGUUUGGUUCGCAGGUGACGGAAGAUUUGUUGGUCUAUCUUGGUUCUUCUGUUGAAGACGAUGCAGUUUAUUGGGCCAUUGACUUCUCCGGCGACGAUAAUUUGGCUGAGGAAUUGGGUCAGAAGCAGCUCAGUUUUAUCGAGCUGCGAACGCUCAUGGUAGCUACGAAUUGGGCGGAUUCAUGGGCAAUGGGACAAUUGGCUGUUGCAGGUCAUGGCAGGGCUUUGCUAGAUUGGCAUAGAACAUCACGUUUCUGUGGACAUUGUGGAGAAAGGACAGUUCCAACGGAAGCUGGAAAGAGAAGAGAAUGCUCCAAUCAGUCAUGUAAAUUGAGGAUUUUCCCUCGUGUCGAUCCUGUUGUUAUCAUGUUAGUCAUUGACCAGGAGAACGACCGUGCACUCUUAAGCAGGCAAUCGAGAUAUGUGCCUCGAAAAUGGAGUUGCUUAGCUGGUUUUAUGGAGCCUGGAGAAAGUUUGGAAGAAGCUGUGAUAAGAGAAACAUUGGAAGAGACUGGCAUUGAAGUUGGAGAGGUGAUCUAUCACAGUUCUCAGCCAUGGCCAGUUGGACGAAGCACCAUGCCAUGUCAAUUGAUGGUUGGGUUCUUUGCAUAUGCGAAAUCGCUUGAUAUCAAGGUGGACAAGGCAGAGUUGGAAGAUGCACAAUGGCACAAUAGAGAAGAUGUGAAAAGAGCUUUGACAUUAAGUGAAUAUGAGAAGACGCAGCGAACUGCAGCAGCAAAAGUUGAACAAAUGUGCAAGGGUGUUGAAAGCAGACACAACCAGUCUGCAGAUUUCAAUAGUGAAGAUAGUGGGCUGGCUUCCAUGUUCUUUCCUGGCCCUUAUGCAAUAGCUCAUCAACUUAUCUCCUCUUGGGCGUAUCAAGACAAUGGGAAAUGAAGCUGAAGCUUAUAUGAAUCAACCUAGCGAUCAACAUUUUCAGGAUGAAUUUGAUGCAGCACUUGGUUUUUGGGGCUCAUAUGAAUUGCAUAGCUGACAGCGUGGGCAGUCUGAGAGCCCUAGUUAGGGAUAGGGUAGGAUUAUUAGUAGGAUAUCAGUAAGGGCAUAAAGGUCAUUAACCAGGGGUGCCUUGGUUAUAAAUAUAGUGAGGUAGGGUCCUUAGAGAGGUGUGAAGAUUUUGGUAGGAAUCUCAAUUGUUGAAAUUUGGGAGAGAGACUCUCUCAAAAGGCUAUUGAGAACACAAGAACCCUCAAAGAUAGCAAUAUAUUGCAAUAUAAAAGAAGUUACAAUAUAUCAAUAGCCUAACAAGAGGGAUAUCUUUCUCCCAAAUUCCCACCAUGGAAAUUCCUCUCAAAAUUUUUACACCUCUCUAAGAACCCUGACACCAUAUUUAUAAUCAAGGCACCCCUGGAUAAUGCCCUUAUGGCCUUGGCCCCUUUCUAAUAUCCUACCAAAAAUUCUAAUGUAUCCCUAACUAGAGCUUGUUCCUUCUAUACAAAUGGCAGUUCUUUGAGACUGAAUCCUUGUACUUGUUGUUUCAUUGUCUGAGAGUACAAUGUGUAGGUGAACAUUCAUCAUAUACCAUUUUUUUUUUCCUGAAAGCACAUGUAUGUUCCAGAUUCAUCUACUUUGUUCUGAAUACCAUAUGUGUAUGUGACUGUAACUAAUGAAUAGAUGUUUUCGUCAUUUGAUGAUAUUGGUUUUA